UGCGCGAAGACGACGUGAACGGUAACGGCAACGGCAAAGCCAGUGGCGACUGCAAACGGGUCAUAUGCAAAGCGUUUGGUUAAACCGUCUACAAUUACGUUGACGCUGGCAGAAUUAGUGAAAUGAAAACAAGCCAAUACUUAAAAAUAUGUAUGAAAUAUGAUAUGUGAAAUAUUCGGUGGCGAUCACGCGAGGCGAAGCAAAAAAAAAAAAACAAAAAACACAACAAAUACUUUAAUUGAUCGGUGUAGGUGAUUAAUGCAUGCGAUCGUACGAGCACAACAACAAGCAGUGGCAUUCAGAAGAUAAUGCAAGAGGUCGUGUUUUUCUAAUACUCAUAUCCUGAAUUGGCAUAAUCUUGUGGGAAGCCUGAUUAACAAAAAAUUUAAUGAAAUAAAGUAAAAUAUGAAAUCAGGAAAAAAGUGAAAAAUUCAAAGUGUAAAGUGCUUAUAGACGCAGGUGUACAUGUAAAAAUAAUAUUGAAAAUUUGCAAUCGAUUUUCUAGUUUGUGAAACAAAAGCGCUGCACUGCUACGUAGUGCAUCUUGCAAGUUUAAAAGCGAAAUCUAAAAACUUAAAAUCGCGCUCAGCCUUCGUCAAGUGCAACAGUUCAAGUGCAGCACGGCGCAGUUCAGCCGAAGAAGCGCAAAGAGCAAACAAAAGUGAAAAAGAGACAAGCGAAAAACCAUUGCAUUCAAUUGAACGCGGAAAAGAACUAUUAUGUAAUAUUUUGUGUCUCAAACUAUUGCAUAUUCACAAGCAUGCGCCUGUGUUGGUAAUCCCACGUAGGCACAAAUGUUUGCGUGCCGUUUGGACAACAUGUACGCCAUAAACGAAUUCGAACUCUUCUUCAAAGUGGACAUAACAUAAAUCCUAUCGCAAUUUAAAUAUUCAUUUUUACAAAAAUAUGCAAAAAUGAGGUGAAAAAUUGUAAUAUCCACCGUGGCUCGUCUGAAACGAUGUGGGAAUAAUUAAAAGAAAAAAAUUGUGCGAAUCUCGGUUAAACGCAUCAAAAGCAGUAAAGAAAAUCAGCAUACGCCAAAUUGCGAAAAAAAAAUCUAGUUGUAGUGUCUAAUAGUGUCUAAAAAUUGGAUAAAUUCUAGCAAAAAUAACAAAAAGAAUAAAAAUUCAAUUCAGCAUUUUCCACUCUUGCCGCAGCCGAAAUUGUUUCGUGCGACGUCGUGUUUGCGUUCGUCAUUGACGCAACGCCAUUCGUCUAGUAGCCAUAUUGAAAAUUGGAUUACCUAACGCAUUUCAAAAUGGAGGACGAGAGUGAAGACAAGGACGACACAAAAAGAAAAUCUCGAAAUCUGAGUGAAAAGAAGCGGCGAGAUCAAUUUAACUCUCUGGUAAAUGAUUUGAGCGCGCUAAUAUCAACAUCAAAUCGAAAAAUGGAUAAAUCGACGGUACUCAAAUCGACGAUAGCAUUUCUCAAACAUCACAACGAGGCUACCGAUCGCUCGAAAGUUUUCGAAAUACAGCAAGACUGGAAACCAUCAUUUCUUACGAACGAUGAGUUUACACAUCUAAUGCUGGAAUCAUUGGAUGGCUUCAUAAUAGUGUUUAGCGGUAUUGGUUCCAUAUGCUACGCAUCUGAAAGUAUUACGCCCCUGUUGGGCUACUUGCCGAGUGACCUGGUGAAUAUGACCAUUUUCGAUCUAACCUACGAAAUGGAUCACGAAAGUCUACUUAAUGCAUUUUUAAACCCCAAACCGGUUAUCGAACCUCUACAGACUGACAUCAACUCUAGCAAUCAAAUAACUUUUCAUUUGCAUUUAAGACGUGGCGGCAUCGAUAAAGUGGACGCGAAUGCGUACGAGUUAGUAAAGUUUGUAGGUUAUUUUAGAAACGAUGUGAAUCUGGACAGCGUACAAUCGGAUAAUAAUUUAUCGCUGCCGCGCAUCUUCGAAAUGAAUCCCGGCGCUAAGAUCGACAAGAAAUUGAUUUUUGUUGGCACUGGUCGUAUACAAACGCCGCAGCUGAUUCGUGAGAUGUCCGCGAUCGAUCCGACCUGCAACGAGUUCACAUCCAAGCAUAGCAUGGAAUGGAAAUUCCUCUUCCUUGACCAUCGAGCGCCGCCCAUUAUUGGUUAUAUGCCCUUCGAAGUGCUUGGUACAUCCGGCUACGAUUACUAUCAUUUCGAUGAUCUUGAUAGCAUCGUCGCAUGUCAUGAGGAAUUGAUGCAGAAGGGCGAGUGUACAUCCUGCUAUUAUCGUUUCCUCACUAAGGGACAGCAAUGGAUAUGGCUACAGACGGAGUUCUAUGUGUCAUACCACCAGUUUAGCUCGAAACCGGACUACGUUGUGUCCACACACAAAGUUGUCAGCUAUGCCGAUGUUAUACAACAAAGCAAGGCGGUGAAUAAAGUGGAUACAACUCCGUCGAUCAAUAAUAGUACCAGCAAAUCGUCAACAAUUACGCUGAAAGACCUCGAAACUAGUAACCAAAGCCAAAACCACUCCACGCUGUCAGCGAGUGAUAGUAGUAACAUCAUAAUGGGUAUGUUGAAUGAAGCAUCACCCACGAUGGAUACAUCAUCAGUAUGGCCGAACGCUUCAUCAACCACUGGCGUAACACCCACAACAUUCAAGAUAUCUCGACCCUCUUCAAGUUAUGGCAACAUCAGCUCCACUGGAAUCUCACCGACGGCGAAACGGAAACGUUACUUUUCUCACAAACCCGGCAACGAAUCGGACUCGACCUCUAUGUCUGCGGAUUCUGUCAUCAGCAAGCAUUCGCUUAUGACUCAUUUGAGCUCGAGCCGACAACAUCAUGGUCAUAGCUCGGCCAUGCAAAUGCCGGAGAGCACAACGCACCCACAGCAGAUGAAGGCAUCUAAUCAAAAUCUAUUGCAUAGCCAUCUCCAAUCCCAACAGAACACAAACCUACAAACGAGGCAAUCACAAAGUGAUCAAAAACUCAUACCAAUGAUACCACAACAUACUAUGGCCCAAGCACAAAUAGUAGCAAACAGCCCGUGCCAAUUUAAUCAGGCACCCUACCCACUACGCACCUCACAGAUUGUGGGCCCCACGUUUCUGGAACCUUCACAGUACCUCGCCGCAAUACCUGUGCAACCGAUGAUUGCGCAGUUCCCAGUUGCGCCGGUGGUCUCUCCGCUGCCCGCAAGUGUGUCCACAGUUCAGCCUUGGAAGACGGCAACGCAGUCAUCGCACGCCACUUUAGAUCCAUUGCAAACCCAGGCAGACAUGCUGUCGGGCGCCGUGGUGAUGACACCGACACAGACGCAACUGCAAGACCAACUCCAGCGCAAACAUGAUGAACUACAAAAGCUAAUCAUGCAUCAGCAGGAUGAGCUGCGAAUGGUGUCCGAGCAGCUUCUGCUGGCGCGUUACACUUUACUGCAGCCAAUGGUGCCAAUAAAUUAUAACGCGCCCACAAACAACAACCGGGCGAACUUCAACUUUAGCAGCGAGAGCACCAUGGAACAGCAGUUUAAUCAGCUGGGCUUCACAAUGAACUCUGCCGAGCAGCUACAGGAGACGGCGGGGCAGCAGAUGAUGAUGCAGCAGCUGCAACAGCAGCAGCAACAUAACAUGCCGCAUCUGCCAUCACAGCAACAACAAAUGCAUAAUCACAAUCACCAGCAACACACCAGCCAACAUCAUCAUCAGCAGCAACAGCAGCAGAAUCAUCAACAACAAGUCUCACAGCUGCAACAGCUCUCAUCCCAUCAACAACAACCACAGCAACAACAACAGCAACAGCCGCAACAGCAACAGCAACAGCAACCGCAGCAGCAAUUAAACAUUUUAUCACGCAGUGUACCUGAUCUUGCCCAAUUUGGUCACGAAGAGAUCGAUGAUUUCUUCAAUCUUUCACCGUUGCAAACAAUGGGCAACUCACAGUCGAGUCUUAAUCAGCGCAACAACAAUAACACGGUAACCACCAGCAAUGGACAGCAACAACAAUCAGCGCUAAAUCAGAAUUUCAUGAACAACACAACCAACACACCACAAGCCACCAAUGACGACUCCUUGCUUAGCUACAUGCAAAUGGCCACCGAGUCCAGUCCCACACUCAACUUUUCGAUGGGCAUUAGCGACGACGGAUCCGAGUCGCAAGGUGAACGCAUCGGCAACAAACUCAUUGGCAACAGUCAACCACUGCAACAGCAGCAGCAACAGCGGCAUCAGGUGCUGGCACACCAACAACAACAGCAGCAGCAGCAACGUACUAAUAAUUUCUUUCCCAACAAUCCCUUUCAAGCGCUGGGCAACCAAGCGACUACAAACCAAUUGCCAAACGAUCUAGAAAUAUUGCCCUAUCAGAUGUCACAGGAGCAGUCGCAGAACCUCUUCAACUCACCGCAAUCAACAAGAAAUAGUCAUUAGCCUUAAGCUAUAAUUUCAAUUAGAUUAGUUAGCCUAAACCAUUGAGUAAGUAAUACUCAAUUCUUAAACUUACCUAGAACUACAGGUAUUGUAAAUAUGUAAAUAUGUUUAUAGGGGAGCACCUCACACCCCAGUGAAAGGUCAAAAUAAUCAGCAAAUACUCCAGUCCAUGAGCCUGUAUUUGGUGAAAGAAUGCAUACUAGUUCGAGAGUGAUUCCAAUGGUACCACUUGCAAAGUGAUCGAAUAGAGGAGUAUGCAAAACAAAUAAGAUUAGUGCAAGUAAGAGUGGCUCAAAAGUGGCACUUGCAAUGAAAUAAUUCAGAACUAGCAGGUUUCAUUGCCGGGCAGUGGUUGCUAUUAGGGGUUUUCUUUUGCUUCUGUAAUAAUAGAUGCUGUUUUUCGACAGCGCUCUCAAAUUUUUAUAUUGUAAUCUGAGCCUAUUGAUAGUUGGCCCCAAAGUUGAUCAAAAAAUUCACGAAUUAUAUUCAAAAAAUUCAAAAUACACGUUUAUUCGCCAAAAGUUAUAAUAUCACCUGCAAAGUAGUUCCCAUCACCUGCAACGGACUGACCCAGCUCUCAAAACACUUCUGAAACUCUACAUAUUUUGGUUAUAUCGAUCAGAGCAGUCUUCGAUUGUUCCACUACUUCUUUUCGACUGUUAAAACGCCGAGGUGGCUCCUCGUAGUGGUUUUUUGAUUCGAUGACACAGAAACGAUCGCUGUUGUAUGGCAUUCUUUUCGCUCUUGAUCAACAAGAUAAAGAUGGCACUGCUCGACGGUGCGUUGUUAUGGUGCAAAAUCUACCAGUUAUUUUCCCACAAAUCCGUUCUUUUUUGGUGAAUUGCUUCACGUAGGCAUCUCAUGCUGCUAAAAUAAUAGUCCUUAUUAACUGUAUGAGCUUCUGGCAAGAAUUUGUUGUACAAUAAUCCAUAAAAACCGCGAGCAUCGCUUUCAUUUGUGACUGAAAGGGACGUGGCGUUUUUGGUUUUGGUUUAUUCGGAGCUCUCCGAAUAUGUACUCGCCUGAUGUCUAGAUUGCAUGUCGUACUUAUAAGCCCACGUCUCGUCUUCAGUAAGGAUGCAUUUGAUGAAUAUUGCGUCGGGUUCAUCUUUCGAAGCCAUGUCUUUGGCGAUAUGAACGCGUUCGCUUUUUUGCAUGAAAUUAAGUUAUUUUCACACCAACUUUGCAUCAACACAGCACAAACCCAAAUCUUUAACUAUCAUACAAUAUUUUGAAAAGACUCGUAAGCAAUGCUCGCGUUCCCUGCUUUUGUCUUCUCUGGUGGUUCAUUUGUGGUUAUUGGACAACGUUUCACUUUAUUAAUGUUUUCAUCAAUUUUUGAUGUCGACGACUGCCACUACGUUCGUCGUCCUCGAUGGGCUCACAAUCUCUUUUGAAGCAUUCAGGCUACUCAUAAAUGGAUAGUUCCUUUAAAGUAUCAUUACCGAAACAGGUUCCCAACAUAUCUAAGGUUUUCGGACCAUUGAAUCCAUAUUUAUUUAAAUUUCAUAUUGAACCCAUUUUUAAAAAAUUUAAUACAAAUUCGUUGCAAAUUCAAAUGCAUUUUUAAAACUGUUAUAAACUGAAAACACGUACCGAGUUAAAUUUACUCAAGAUGGCAUAACUUUCACAAAUGUCAAGCAAUGGCGACACAAUUUUCGUAGGAAUGUCAAUCACAGAUGUGACUACGAAAUGCAAUUGCGUGAAGAUAUUCCGAACAAAAAUAGAAGAAGAGGUAUGGAAAAGAGGAAUGAAACCUAACCCAAAUACUAUUAAUAUAUUUACUAAUGGCUCGAAAAUGUUAGACGGAGUAGGGGUAAGGAUCUAUAGCGCAGAGCUAGGCAUCAGGCAGCCAUUUAAGAUCGCUGAGCACUGCAGUAUCUUUCAAGCAAAAGUCUUUGCUGUAGGUACGGCUGCGUUGACAGCCAACCGGCGAUAAAAGCAAUAAACUCAUAUGAAAUUUCAUCUAAAAAUGUUCUAAAAAGCAGGAAAGCUACAGAGACGGUUGCAUAUCUAUUGGGUACCAGGACAUACCAGGGUAUUGCAGGAAACGAAAUUGUAGAUGAGAUUGCCAAAAGCGCUGUUUACAUACCAUUUGAACAAGAAAACGACAUACUGAAACCUUUAAAUUCGAUAUACGAUGACAUCACUGCGGACAUGAAAAUAGGGAUAGACAGGAGGGGAAAUAAUCUAGCCAUUUGCAAAACCGAGAAAAUCAUGUGUACACAGAAUGCAGAUAAAUACGUGCGAUUCCUACUAGCUCUGUCUAGAAAAGAAAGCAGAACUAUCGUAGGUAUGCUGACAGGCCACAAUUUGUAGCGACGCUCGCAUACAAGAAAGGAAUUACAAACAACGAUAGCUGCAGAUUUUGCUAUGAACUGGAAGAGAGAGAAACGCUAGAACACCUUCUAUGUUCUUGCCCUGCGUUAGCUAGAACCAGAUUGAAAUGCUUAGGAGCUUUACAGUAUGAGAAGUUAGAAUGCCUCUCGGCGAUAGAGCUUCAGAGCUUACUUAGAUUCGCAAAAGACGCAGGAUAAUUACAUGAAGCGUAAGGGUCAAGCUCCAUCUGGUACCACCAAGGACCAAUAGGUCUAUGUGAUGGCUUUUAGGCAGCCUGGUCAACCUAAUCUAACCUGUACAACAAAUCGGACAGUCCGCAAUAUCUUAAAUAAAGUUUUUAAUUUUAUGCGAAAUUAAUGGAUUUCUUUUUCCCCGAACUAACUUACUUUUAUAUGAACGGCGUACCUAUCAAAUCGAAAUAAUGUUUCGAAAUGUUUUUAAUAACUCUGUCAAAAUUAGUAUUAGUAAUGUGAAAUUGGCCUUGGAAUUCUAUUAUGUCUAAUUUUUCUCUCAAGUAUACAUUUAUUUUUGUAUGUGUGUAUGUAUGAAAUGGGGUACGAAAUUAACAAAUUAAGGGGGAACGCCACUGUGGGGGGUCAAAAAAUAGUCGAUUUUUGGGAUUUUUUUUUUUUGUAAGCAGGAAUGAUUAUUUGAGGAUCGGACAAAAGGCAAUUUAUUAUAAGUAUAUGUGUUAAACUAUGUUGAUGUAAAUUUUUAUUAUUUUUAUGUAAAUAAACGUAACGAGUUAAAAAAAAUGACGUCAUCUGGUGGCAGCGAUACAGCAAUGAAUAAUCAUCUGAAACCAAAAAACCAAAGAUUUUAUUAAACUACACAAUAGUGGCUAUCGUUGCACAUAGCCGUUUUUUUUUUUUUUUUUUUUUUUGACAAAAUGGUGGUGCUUUGCAUUUCGAUGUGCGUUUUUCACGAUUUUUUUUAUUUUCAACAGGCCCAAAAAAAAAUUUUGAAAAUCGGCUACGUAUAACCAUAGCCAAUGCGAUAACAAAAUUUUUGAAAAAAAAGCAAAUUAAAAUCGGUUUAUUAGUCUUCGAGAAAUCGUUGCCACCGUAUCAAAAAAAGUCGUUUCGAGAACAUUUUCUUGAGUAGUUAUACUAACAAUUUAUGCAAAAAAAAAAACGCUUUUUUUUUUAAAUUUUCACAGUGGCGUUCCCCCUUAAGGGGGGAGCGUGGUUUAUAAGGUCAAAAAAAUCAUUUUCUUUUUUUUCGUUUUAAGCAAUUCCUAAUAUCUUUCAGAAUAUUCACACAAAGUUACAGAGCCUAAUUCUCAAUAUUUCCGUAGAUACAAAGCCAAAGGUAGGCGAGCGUUAGGUAGUUACGCUGUGACCGGACAGCUUACUAUAGCAAACUUUACCUUCUUUUCUCGACUUUUCAUUUUUAUGAUUUCUUUGAAUUGGCGUACAUGAAUGAAAAAAAACUAAUGAACCUUUUGAAAUGAAUCAUAGCUUGUUUCUUUCAGUAUUAAAUUCUCUUCCUUUUGAACUAACAAAAUAGAUAAAAAAAAAUUUUUUCAAGAUUUUUAUACCAAGUUGAAGUGAAAUUUUUUUUUAUAGAAAGGCAUUGUUUUUCUUUAAAACCUCCAAAAAGUUGAAAUUUUGGAAUUUCUCUCAGUUUUCUUAGUUCAUCUAGAAUAAAAAAUCAUGAUAAUUAGAAAUCCAUUUGAAUUUUUUGCUUUAGAUAAUAUUUACGAGCUGUGUAUUGUACGCCAGUUGGAAACUCCAGCGUUGCAGCGCUCUACUAAUUUCUAUGUUAAACAUUUUUUUCAACUUAUUUUAACCAGUACAAAAAUUUUUUAUACUCUUUAAAUGUUCAUUAAAAGAUAGAAAAAAUUUUGCAGUGCUAAAUUAAUUUUUUCCUUAAAAAAAAAUCGCAAAGGGAUGGAUUUUUAGACCUCAUAAACCAGGCUCCCCCCUUAAACAAUUUGAAGUCACGUUUACUUUGUGAUAGUAAAUUUUUUAAUUUUGUUGUAAUAGAAAAACUGUAAAAUACUACAUAUAUGUAAAUAUUAUUUUCUACAUGUACAUAUACAAAUAAUAUUAUUUUCAAACACACUCAGAUUCUCUUGUGAUAUAAUUUAAGGGAUAAUCGAGGAUUUUGUACAAACAACAAAAAACAUACAGUACAAGUUUUGUUGAUAAAUAUGAGUUGUCUUAGUUCAAUUAAAGAAAAAUAAUAUUAUAUAAGUAUCGUUUAAGGUAACUGUACUUUAAUUUUAAUUAAUUUAGUGCGCAAUACUGGAUAUUCUCAGGUUUCAAACAAUGAGAGUCAAUGUAUAUAAAAGCAGUGUACGCGGGAAGUUGUUACGAACUCUUGCUUUAAAAGUACUUUAACUGUUAUAUGGAACUUUUUAUUUAAUUAAGCAAUAAACCCGUUACUUAGUGCUACGCGAAACUCUGAAAUUUAAUAGAAAUAUCAGAUUAUUCACAUUCAAAGGCAAUAUUUCUUUAUAUAAAUUUUUAUUCGAAAGCGCUAAUUCUUGGCCUAUUUCAUGUGGCUCCUUGUUCUUCCCUGGAAUUUCGGGGUAUAAACACAUAUAUUUCCUUAAAUGCCCGAAGCUAGCUUUAUAAAAUAAGUUUCCACAGGUUUAGAGAGUUUUUUUGCAAACUUUUCUAGAUUUGCAAAUUACAAGUAGAGUUAAGAUGGUGUUUAUAACGCAACACCCUGUAAAUAUUUUUAUACGCAUAUGCAUGUAUGUAUGUGUUUGUAAAUACAUAUGUAAAUAAGUAAGCUUAGUAUUAGAGAGACUUAGUUUUAAAUAAAUUAUUGCUUAUCGGCAAAAUAGU